CAACGCCAAACCAACUGGCAUAAUUAUUUGUUCCAAAAUGUUUUAUUUGUAUUCGGUUUUUUGUUAUUUUUUAUUUUUCGGUAGUUGGUUGAUAGUUGGUGAAUCAGGAUUGUUUAUUACACCAGUUUAUGGAGAUAUUGAAAGUGAAGAAGAUAACGUAGAAAAAAAUUAUCCAUUUCAAAAAUUUCAAAAUCGUGAAGAAAAUAGUAACUUCAACAGGAAUUAUUAUCCAUUUGAAUAUCCCCUACUUCAAAAUAUUGAAGGAAACUAUUUAAAGAAUUAUCCAUUCAAGAAUUACCAGUCAAAACAUUUCAAUAAAGCAGGGAAUUUUGAAAGAAAUCUAGCGCCUAAUUUUGAAGUAAAGAAUGAUUUAAUAUCAGGCAUGUUCAUUUCGCCAAAUGAACCUGUUUCAGUUGAUUUACUUCCAUUACCAGAAAUCGAAUAUAUUCCAGACAAUGAAAAUAUAAUAUGUACAAAAAAUUCUCAUGAGGUAGCGUGCUAUGUUAUAUCUCAAGCUGCGCAUGUGACAAAAAUUCCAAAUUAUGAGAACGAUUUAUGGACACAAAUGGUAUUGGCUCAAUUUUUAAAUACUCAGCCGAAAUUACAUUGCAGUAGUACUCUAAUUAACGACAAAAACAAUUUAAACACAAAAUUAUUCAGGGAAUCCAUUUUAGCAACAGGAAAUGUCGCAAACUUUGACCAAACGCUGCCAUUUAAUAAUGGAAUCCAACAGAUUCCUGGCAAAAACAGCUUCCCCAAGGAAACAAGUUUAGCAACAGGAAAAAUUGAAAAUUUUGACCAAACACAGCUAUUUGAUGAUAGUGGAAUUAAACAAACUUUUGGGGAAACUUUGCCUCUUUUCGAAGAAAUAACUUCAACAACAGCGGAGAAAGUCAUUACAAAUUCUAAUAACAUGGUGGCAUUUAAUUGUGGAAGUCCACAGAUAACAGACAAAAACGCUUCACCUUUAGAAAUAUUUCAAAAUUUAGUAGCAACAGGAAAACAAAAUAUAAACUCGCGUGAAAGACAGAAAUCUAAUUGCAAUUCUAAACAUAUUUCAGAAAAUACUGUUUUACCUAAAGAACUGCGUAAAGAAUCAAUUUCAACCAAAGAAAAUACUAUUCAGAACUACUCUAAUCAACAGAUCUUAGGUGCUUUUCCUAUUAAUACAUCGGAAGAAAGUGCUUCAGAUACCGAAAAAUCCAUUUCAAAUUUUAGUUUACAAAGAAAGAGCUCAACGAUACCCUCUGUUGAAUUGAUAGAAUUAGCCUCUGUAACGGAAGCUAAUAACGAAAAUAUUCUUAGCUCAACGAAAAAAUUGGAUACGAAUUAUAAAGACGAUAAUCAAAGCAAAAAUAGAAAUCAAGUGUCAGAAAGUGUUGGCGUAGUAUCGGCUACCACUGAAUCAAAUGUCGAAAUUGAAUACACUACCCAAGUUUCAAAUAAAUUACCUAAAACUUUGAAAAUACCAAAAACGGAAAUAGAAAAUAUCAUAAAUAAUUUGAGUGGCCUUAGAGAUAUAUUACGGGUAGCAGAUAUGUAUGAAACAUUUCAAAAAAAUGUUGAAAAAUUAGGAACAUAUAUGAAUCAACAGCGAUCAAUUAGUUCUAAUACGAACUCUAGACCCCAUAUUAGAACACUUACUUUUGACGCAUUGAAAUCUAUUAAAAAUCAAAUGGCAGAUAGUGAUGGCUACUUAUCAGUUACAACUGAAUCAAAUCUAGAAAAUGAGGCUGCUACAACUGAAAAUGCAAAUUCUAUAGUACAAAGUUCAAAAUCAGAGACACGAAGGAAGUUGAAUGGAACAACAGAAGGAUAUUUGGGCAGUACAUCUCCAGAUUUAAUAGAUUUAUCAACAACUGAAAAUUCACUAAAUUUGGGUAAAAAUUCCGACAAUCAGCGUAGAGCAAUGUCACAACGUACGGUAGCAACUGAACCAAUAUUUUUAGAAACGAAUGAUAAGGAAGCAACAAAUGAAAAUAUAGACAAUCAGAAAUUAGUCGGUAAAAGUGACGAAAAUGAAAACGAGAACGAAAAAUAUGUUGAGAAUUCUAUGUCCGGUGCCAGUAGGCGUUCUAUUAGUAGAAUUACUAAUUCAGUGCAGCUUAUUUCAACCAAUCCCUGCAAAACAAAUAAUGACAACUCAUUUAUUCAUUCAAGUGUAAUUGUGCAGAGACCUUUAAGUUUUCGGCAUACUUCAGAACUAGCGAAUACCAAAAUUAUGGAUGGUACUGAUUACGCACGCCGCGGAUUAAAUUUAAAUAAUUUGGAAAGUACAUCUCCAGAUACGAUAGAUUUAUCAACAACUGUAAAUUCACUUUUAGAUCAAAAGUCCGAUAACCAGCGCAGAGCAAUGCCACAAUAUUUGGAAACAACUACCUCAAUAAUAGAGGCGAAUAAUAUUGAAACAUUUAGUGAAAAUAUUGACAGUCAAAAAGUAACUGUAAUAAGUGAUGAAACUCAUAAUCUUCACGAAAAAAAUGAUGCUAAUUUUAUGCAAGGUGUCAGUAGGCGUUCUUUUAGUAGAAAUGCUGAUUCAGUACAGCUUGUUUCAACAAAUCCUAAUAUAACAAAUAAUGACAAUUCAUUUAUUCAUUCAAAUGUAAUUGUGCAGAAACCAUUAGAUUUUCGACAUAGUUCAGAAUUAGCGGAUUCCAAAAUUAUCGAGAUUACUGAUUUCACACGCAACGGCUUAAAUUUAAAUAAUUUGGAAUUAACUACAAAUAAAUUUUCAUAUCAACAAGAUAAUUCAAAAAUGGAGUACACAACGGAAGGUAUAGAAAAUAGUGAGGAUUUUACUGAAAAAAUCGACCUCGAUGAACUUAAUUGGAAAAUUUUAGAAACUUCAACAGAAAAAUCUGAAGAGACUCACACUGAUGACAGUAAAACAUUUUAUACAACUGAGCGUUCUGAAGAUAUCGAGAGAGAUUUGGAAUUUAUUUUACAAAAAUCAAAAACUCGUCGAUCCAAACAAACCAUAAAAAUCGAAGCUUUAACAGAUCUUGACCAACAAAAUAAACCGAACUUAAACGGUUCAGUAGAAAGCGCACAAAAUAGAAAAAAUUUAGAUUCUUUUGAACCGUCUUUGUCUCCAGCUUUGGAGGGUUUGCAAACUACAACUGAUGAUCCUUCAAAGAUAGUUUUGGAACAUUAUAAUAAUACAAAAUCGGAAAGUGAACUUGAGAAUGCACAAUUAGUAUUAACUGCUGAAAAUACAACAUCUCUUCAAGAAAUGAAUCUAAAUAUGGUCAGGCUAAAAUAUAUGCCAUUUCAACCUAAACUAAGUACAAUCGAAGAAAAAACAAACAUCGCUGAUCCUGAAAGUUUGAACCUCGAAUCGAACGUUGACGAUAAACAUUUAGACGCUCAUGUAAUUUUUACUUUACACAAUAAUGACUGUAAAAAGAGGACAAAUUCAUUUGAUAAAAAUACAAAAGUGAAUGGAAUUCUUAAAAUGUUGGCUUUAAACAAACGAAGUAUGUAUAAAAUUUUAACGGACAACUCAAACAAUGUAUUAUUGAUAAAUGAAAAUUGA